AUGCAGAGCGCGGCGGCAGCUUCACGACUUGGUGGCAAAGGUACGCCUCGCAGAAAGGCGAAAAGAAGUACCACGUCCACCGUUGCUGAUGAUCGAAAGAUCCAGGCAACCAUGAAGAAACUCCAUGCACAACCGAUUCCUGGGAUUGAGGUGUCUUAUGCUUUAGAAUUGACAGAGCUUAUCCCAGACAUCCUUCACCAACUUGGUCCAGACUCCAUAAGCUCGCUAAAGCGCCUCGCAGAAUCCUUCCAGCAAAAGGGAACACUUCCUUCGUCGUUUGACGAGGCCAUUUCUGGAGCCGAACUUUAA